AUGAGUGCCCGUGAAAAGCGGAUGCGACAUCUGCAUCGCAUAUUCAAUACCAGUUCCGCAGUUGACGAUUCGCCACCGGUGUCGUAUUUGCUGAGAAAUUGUCGGAUCCCGUGUUCCGAAAUACCCUUGUGCGACUCCAAUGCGGCCCGGGCCCAGAGGAAGAAAGCCCUGUUCCUGCACAGGUCCUCCGAGUCCGUGUGCGCAGAACCGAAGUCCGGCACCAUGUUGAGCUCUAAUAUUAGAGCUACGAGCGCUGGCAGGAAACCCAGGAAGGCGGCGUCCAGAUUCUCUUCGGCAUCUUGUCUCCGAGAUUCUGGAGUUUCUUCAUCUUGCAGCGGAUUGCAAGAUGCCUACUGGACGCAUAAGCCAGUGGAAACGCCGUCCAUGCGACUCGCCGACAGAAUUGACAACUUCCUGCGUCAGGUGAAUGCAGUAUCCGUCGUGCCAAAAGCUCGAGAAAAGCUCUCAAGGUACCCUCCGGUGCCAGCUGACCCGAUUUUGAGAUAUCCGAUGGCAUUCACUGCACCGGCGAAGCCUUUCACUCCUCGACUAAACCGGAAAAGCUCAGAAGUUCAAGCCUGGUUGAGAAAGUCUGACAUGUAUAAUCCCCCCACGAGGAAAGUGAAGCUGGAACCGAAGAGAGUUGAACCGGAUGACGAAUACAGGCAAACAUUUUUGGAUCAAAUUCUGAUGAGGUGGAAGAAGUUUCUGACUCGACCAACCGGCAAGAAUGUGGAUCUCAAGCAAGAGCCGCUUCCAGUCAGGACUCUGCCUUGGAAGUGGAAAUCACUAGUCGACCAAGAGAAAGAAGUUCAGGUUUUGACAGAGUUGGACAAGUCUUUGAAAGCCUUCAUUGAAUGUCCACAAAUGACCCCGGAAGACGUUGCAAAGUUGGAGCAGAUAGAAUCUAUUCUGAACGUCGGUCGUUGUUCAGGCAAUAAUAUGGAACAUGCGAAGUCUUUCUCGCAAGCACCAGCUGUAAGUGUGGAGCAAGAAUCGGAAUUUCGCCCGAGGCCGAUUUACAAAAGCCUCGAUGUCAUAAACGCUAUUUUAGAGGAUCUCAAAGUUGGUUCCUCAGUGUCGAGGGCUACUCAAAAAGUGUUGUUUGAUGAAGGGAUCUAGUCAGUUAUUGAGGAGAAAAUCCUCAUAGUCACAGUUGUUCGGCUAUGUGUUGUUCUGUGUGGGCAUUCGGAACUUGAUGCAGGAAUAUUUUAUGGAACGCGGAGUUAUUCGAUGUGUUGAGCAAAGUUUGUAGCCGGUCAAAGGCAAACCAAAGAAAAUAUAUGCGGUCAGUCACAGAA